UUCGAAAAGUUUGCUUCUCUAACAAUACAUUCCAGAAUUCCUUCCCCAUCUCCGCAAUUACCGCCUCGUUCUACGAUUGAAUCGAGAAAUUUGGGAUAUUUUCCUGUAUCUCUUCGAUUCUUGUUGUUACCUCGUCGAUCCCUGCUCCGUAAGGUCGGAUUUCUCGAGAAAAUCUCCUUUUUCUAAUCGAGAGGGCUACCGAGGGAUCGGGGUUCUGAAUCCGAAGGAACCUGAAAAUUCCGCCUGAAAAUGAGUUUUCAGGAUCUGGAGGCCCAAAGGCCGCUGAAUUCGCGGCGGAAUUUGAUCAAUGGGAAGCAGGACGCGACCCAGGCGGUGGCUUCCGGUAUUUUUCAGAUCAACACGGCGGUUUCCACUUUUCAGCGUCUCGUCAAUACCCUCGGCACGCCGAAGGAUACGCCCGAGCUCCGGGAGAAGCUGCACAAAACGAGACUGCAUAUUGGGCAGCUGGUCAAGGACACUUCAGCAAAACUUAAAGAAGCCAGUGAAAUCGAUCAUCACCGAAAUGUCACUCAAAGUAAGAAGGUCACGGAUGCUAAACUUGCAAAGGAUUUUCAAGCGGUGCUGAAAGAGUUUCAGAAGGCUCAGCGGCUUGCAGCUGAAAGGGAAACUACUUAUACUCCUUUCGUUCCCCAAGGGGCCAUUUCUUCAAGCGAGGCCGACAUAAGCUCUGAUGGAUCACAUGAGCAACGUGCCGGUGUGGAAUCCAAAAGGCAAGAAGUCUUACUUCUUGACAACGAGAUCUCCUUCAACGAGGCGGUGAUAGAGGAACGAGAGCAAGGAAUAGAAGAAGUUCAGCAGCAAAUUGGGGAGGUUAACGAAAUCUUUAAAGAUCUUGCUGUGCUGGUUCAUGACCAAGGAACAAUGAUCGAUGACAUCGGUACCCACAUCGAUAAUGCACGUUCAGCAACAGGUCAGGGGAAGACCCAUCUCGUUAAAGCAUCCAAGACGCAACGUUCAAACUCGUCUCUGACAUGCUUGCUCAUGGUGAUAUUCGGCAUCAUUCUCCUCAUCGUUAUCAUAGUAGUCGCAGCCUGACACGGAAUCCUCUGCUCCAAAACGAAGCUCCGAGAGUUCAACGGUGAAACUCAGUUCCAAUGAGAAAUCCCCCCUCUGUGUUUGUUUAUGUUUCUGUCUCUUAUGUGUAUUGUCUCCUUUUACCUACGUGAAAGCGAAAUAGCCCAAAAAAAAAAGCAAGGAAAAGCUGAUAAAGCUUUCCCCCACGCGCUCCUUUGUUCCAAAGAAAGAGACUUAACGAGUUUAUAUA